UGGCUGCCCAGUAGGAAAAACAUCUUUCUGCGGAACUUAUUCUUUUUCUCCCGAAUACUUUGACCGUUUCCCUCACAUUUUGCAUAGCCAUAGAUCCGAUCAUGAGUGAGUUAACCCCUGACGAGAUACGCAGGAGGCGAUUAGCACGACUCGACAAAAGCCCACUGGCGGGUGCAGCGAAGGCGACGCCAGCCACUGAGGAGACACCCAAUAAACUCGGGGCCUCAUCUGUUACAUCAGAGGAUGAAGGCGAGGGACAAGGGGCACCUGAGGCGACCCCCGCGUCGCCCAGUGAGGCACCCAGUGAGGGACUGCAGGCAGCCUCGGGUGCCUUGGAGGCUUCCAGCCAGCCCGGGAUGGAAACAGACGAGUCAGCCAGCUCGCUGAGUCAGCCAACGGAAACCAUGGAGAGCGCCCCCGACGUCCACGACAGCUUAGAUUCCGGCUUCCCGGCGAGCAUGGAGAUGGACUCGGAAACGUGCGACCAAGGGAGUCUGUCUCAGAUGGAUGUGGACUCGGGAAUCGAGAACCCCGAAUUGGAGGAGACAGUCAAGAAAGGCAAGAAGCCAUCAGCAGAGAAGAAAUGUCCCAGCGAGGCAGAACUGUUGCAGGUUGUGUCCCGUGUUUUCCACGUGUCCUGGAAGGAACAAGGCAAGGACGUUGUGUAUCUGGCCGGCUUGGCCACAGAAUUUGCAGAAGAGCCAGAGCAAGUGUUUCCCAACACGGAGGACCUCAUCAGCCAGGUUCUGAUGGAGGUGCUCACCCAGCACGCCUGCACCGGUAACCCGUUUGCCAACCUGUCUGCUACCACAUCACCGGCGGUCGCCACGGCCGGCGCGGGUGGCCAUUCACCACAGAGUUCGUCCCAGCAGACAUCAGUGGCUCCCAGUAGUGCGGGGGACCAGUGUAGCAGCAAACCGGAGAACCCCGAGCCAGAAAUGCUGUCCUACCUCUUGCAGUGCUACCAACGCAUCCGCAACGAGGAGCGCACCGCCCCCAAGCGUUACAGCCAGCCACCGUUCAGCAAUCUGGCCUCUGCAGCCAGGCUACAGUGCGUGCACCACGCUGGGCUGGUCCUACAAGGGGCCUUCACACAACCAGGGUCUUCAACUUUGUUAUUAGCCCCCCUUCUUUUGAGUCAUUCACUCCCACGGGGGUUCCUCCAGGAGCUGGUCUCGGCAACCAGGGCGGACAACGCAAGCUUCCAGAUGAUAUUUACUCCAGUAAUAAUUGCGCUGGUACAAGCUAUCCAGAGAUGUUCAUUGGACAGUGACAGCUACAAAGCUCCCUUAUCUGCCAUGAAUGAGCUGUGUAAAAUAAAACUUGGAAAUUCCCGACCGAUAUGCAGACUGGUGAGCUCUCUGCCGCAGUGGUUACCCGAUCCUAUCACAGGGGCCCUGGGUCGCGAGGUGGAGAAAGUCUCUCUUUUAGGGGCGUUCUUGUCCCUGUCCGUCUUUGCAGAAGACAAUACCAAAGUGGUGGAAAAGUAUUUCUCAGGACCCAUGCUGACGCAGGACAGUAUCCGCAUCCUCAACGACAGCUUACAACAUCACCUGCACUUCAUUAGGAAUGAGUUACACGAGAUUAUCCACAGCAUAUUAGUCAACAGCGAGAGCAGGGAGGCCAUGGUCAAAUACUUUGCGGCGGUCAUCAAACGGAACCACAAACGAGCCCAGAUGCAGAUUGAUGAGAGUCUGGUUGCCGGGGACGGAUUUAUGCUGAAUCUCCUUGUGGUGUUGCAGAGAUUGAGCGUCAAGAUAAAACUCGACAUGGUGGACGUGAUGUACCCACACCACCCCAAGUCCCUCAUUGACAUCUCUCAGGACACCCGGCUGAAAGCCUCGUCGCAGGAGGCCGCCGAUUGGGUGGAAGAAUGCAAUAAACGGCCAGCCGCCUGGUUGGAGCCCAAGUUCCCCACCCAGUGCUACUUCCUCACCCUCCACUGCCAGCACCUGGCGCUCAUGCCGGCCUGCCGUCACUACACCCGCCGCAUCCGGGGGCUGCGGGAGCUGGCCCGCAUGGUGGAGGAGUUGCAGGGACAGGAGGAGCAAUGGAAGGGAACGCCCAACGAGCGACGCAACCGACAGCUCCUGGAGAAGUGGAAGUUGCAAAUCAAGAAGCUAGACAAGGCCAAGCUUUGCGGCGAUGCGGGCCUGCUGGAUGAGAACCUCCUCAGGAACUGCUUCCAAUUCUACGGCACGGUCAUGUUCCUGCUCCUCAAGCUGCUCACGCCCAAGGACCAAGAUAGAAUCUGUCUACCUCUACCCAAGGAAGUGCCCAUGGAAUUUGCGGCGUUACCCGAACACUACAUCGAAGACAUUGCUGAGUUCAUCUUAUUCAUCGUACAACACUGCCCACAAGCCCUAGAAGACACAGCUCAGCAGGACAUGGUGCUAUUUAUAGUUGUCAUUGUCUGCUCAGCGCACUGCAUCCGUAAUCCCUACCUGGUGGCCAAGCUCGUCGAGGUGAUAUUUGUUCUGAGUCCAGCCGUCCAGACCAGAACGGCCAAGAUCUACGAAGCCAUCCAGAUCCAUCCGUUGGCCAUCAACCACCUGGUGCCAGCCCUCAUGACCUUCUACACCGAUGUGGAACAGACAGGAGCCAGCAGCGAGUUUUACGACAAGUUCAGCAUCCGCUACCACAUCAGUAUCAUCUUCAAGUCCCUGUGGCGGCUACCCAUGCACCGUAAUGCUAUGAUCAAAUUCAGCGGGUCGCAGUCCGAGUUCGUGCGCUUCAUCAAUAUGCUGAUGAACGACACCACCUUCCUGCUGGACGAGAGCCUGGCUUGCCUCAAGAGAAUCCACGAAGUCCAGGAGGCCAUGAAGAACAAGGAGGCUUGGAGUGCCUUGGAUCAGGAGGAGAGACAGGGUAAAAUCCGCCAGCUGUCCACAGACGAGAAGCAGUGCCGGUCCUACCUAACGCUGGCCAACGAGACGCUGGAGAUGUUCAAUUACCUCACCAAGGAGAUCAAACAGCCAUUCCUUAGGCCGGAGCUGUGCGACAGGCUGGCGGCCAUGCUCAACUUCAACCUGCAGCAGCUGUGCGGGCCCAAGUGCAACGACCUGAAGGUUGAGAACCGGGACAAGUACGGCUUCCAGCCGCGCCGCAUGCUGGACCAACUGGCCACCAUCUAUUUGCACCUGGACAGCGAGGAGCUGGCUACGGCGUUGGCCAACGAUGAGCGAUCGUUCCGCCCGGAGCUAGUGAGUGAUGCCCUCCACUUCCUAGCCCGACUGAAGACACAGUCAGAGAUUAAUCAGUUCUCCCGGCUGAUGUCACGGGCUCAGGAGAUCACCUCCCACAACCAGCAGUUAGAGGUGGACUAUGACGACGCGCCCGAUGAGUUCAAAGACCCUCUGAUGAACACCCUCAUGCACGACCCGGUCAUCCUGCCCUCGGGCCACGUCAUGGAGCGUAAGAUCAUUGAGCGUCACCUGCUCAACUCGCAGACGGACCCCUUCAAUCGGCAGGAGCUGACCAGCGACAUGCUGCAGCCAGCAACUGACCUCAAGAAGAGAAUCACAGAAUGGAUCCAAUCCAAGAAGACAAAAUUGUGACGAGGCUUACCUUUUGAUAACUCCAUCCCCGCAAACUCUCAACUCUCUGAGUCGUCAUUCCCUUUUCGUUUUUCCUCAAUGCUUCGGCUUUCAACGUGAAACUGCAAGGCAGAGCCUUGACACUUUCGUUUCUCCUGAAGUAGCUCCCGUCUGACACUUACAGUGCGCCGUUUUAAAAAGGCACGACAGGCAGGAGAACCGGUGAGGCUUGCCUGCCAAGACUGGAGACUCGCUUGAUGGGGACCAGUCAUGCUUUUGAGAAAAAGAAGACCGGGACCUGGCAAACUAUUCCUGAUCACGAGAAGGCCAGUGAAGAACUCGGAGCAGUGAACGUUCUCGACAGCACAUUUCCUGAGCACAGUUGGAGGCCAGAAGCACUCAUGCGAGGGGAAUGCGUCGCAGUGGCAUUUUGUCUGCGUGGAAUGUCCCAGUCAACUUCUCCCUUUUAAAUACCCGACUCUUAACAAUCCUUUAUGAUGGCGAGCGGGUGGCUUCAUUUUGCAGAAACUGAAGGCCAGUCUUAUCUUUUUGAGUUAUUUAUGACUUAAGUCACAGUUAAAAAACUAGUUUGAAAGGCUAUGACUGAGAAUUGAAAGUAUGAUGUUUCUUUGAAAAUUUGACCAUUCGGGGGCUUAAAGUCGAGGAUGGGAAAAAGGAACAAGAUAAAUCCUA